ACGGACGCGGACCCGGACCCGGACCCGGGCACAGCGCAGCCUCGGGCACAGCGUGGGGCUCAGUGUGGAAGCCUGCCCGGCUGCCCAAGGGCGAGGGGAAAGCCACCACCGGACACAUCGCGCCCGAGGACCCCGGCGAAUCCAGCCACACUUCAAGCGCAACAUGAGGCGACUCCCGGAGCCUGGAUUUCCAGGAGUCGGCAGCCCACCUCCCGGCUUGGAAUUCUGAACGCCGAGGUCCCAAAUCCCAAUUCCUCCGGGCGUCUGCCGGGCCGCUCUGGGGAAGGGUAUCCGGCCGCUCCUUUCCUGGGUUUGGAAAUGGGAGGGAGAGAGGGGAGAGGAUGGGCUCUAACGCAUCCCCGCAGGAUGCGUUCUUUGGAUAAUUAAGAGGAACUGCUUUUCCCCCAACCUUUCAGGUCCGAUUGGGCCGUGACGCCACCAACCCAUAACCUCCCGUCGGAUGAGCCCAUCCUCCCGGUGUUCCAAUGGAGGCAGCUGGGUAUAUUUAAUAGCAGAACUACACGCAGAAGUCUUAGAGGAGGGGGAUGGCUUUUCGCAUUCAUGAAGCCUGCAUACUUCUAUUGAUAAUCCCUGGUUGGGUCAUCCCAGCUGCCAUCAAUCAUGAAGAUUACCCCGCCGAUGAAGGUGACCAGACCUCAAGCAAUGACAAUCUGAUCUUUGAUGACUACCGAGGGAAAGGGUGUGUGGAUGACAGCGGCUUUGUUUACAAACUGGGAGAACGCUUUUUCCCAGGGCAUUCUAACUGUCCUUGUGUCUGCGCUCUGGAUGGACCUGUUUGUGACCAGCCGGAAUGCCCCCAAAUUCACCCAAAGUGCACUAAAGUGGAACACAAUGGAUGCUGUCCUGAAUGCAAAGAAGUGAAAAAUUUCUGUGAAUAUCAUGGGAAAAGUUAUAAAAUCUUGGAGGAAUUUAAGCCCUCUCCAUGUGAAUGGUGUCGCUGUGAACCCAGCAAUGAAGUUCACUGUGUUGUCGCAGACUGCGCAGUUCCGGAAUGUGUCAAUCCAGUCUAUGAACCAGAACAGUGUUGUCCUGUCUGCAAAAAUGGUCCCAACUGCUUUGCAGGAACCACCAUCAUUCCGGCCGGCAUUGAAGUGAAAGUGGACGACUGUAACAUCUGCCACUGCCACAAUGGAGACUGGUGGAAACCGGCGCAGUGUUCCAAACGGGAAUGCCAAGGGAAACAGGCCUUGUAGAGCAAAGUCCCCGCCACCCACGAGACCAUAGAACAAUGUUCUGGCUUCUCCACUGCACAUGAUUAAACUCCUGCCAGCUACAACAGGGUCACCAGCAAAACCUUGAGGGUGGACACAAGUGAAAAUGUUCUCUCACUCUCUCUCUCCCUCUCGCUCUCUCUUGCUCCCUCUCACUCUACAAAAUAUAUACAGUAUAUCGGUAUCUAAUCCGCUUCUGUCAAUAUCCCUGCUCGAUGGCGAUUAGACUGGAUUUGGGGAGCAGAAGGGGAGAAUUCUCCCCACAGGCUCCUUCACUACUGAUGUAUCUGAUCUGCCCAUUUUCCUUCAGCUGUUGGCCUCUCAGCUAGGUUGUACAUUUGCAUUUUCCUGAAGUGAUUUCACUUUUAGCCUCAAAGGGGAGGGAGGCCACGUUCUCCUGAGUGAUAGGGGAGAUUUACGUUUUUUUCAGCUGAGCCCAAAUGAUUAGGUAAAAGAAUUUCCAGGAGUGGAAAUGUUUCUUGAAGAGGCGCCUACUAAGAAUAAAAUGAACGACAGAGUUAGGGGAAGGAGAGAGGGCUGAGCAGACAGAAGGUCCCAGCAACGCAGGAGACAGAGCUAGGUUGGAAUCUAGCCACUAUAUGAUGGGUAACAAAUGGAGAAAAACCAGUCACUAGGCAUAAAUGAAACUUUAAACUACCAAUCCCCAAAUCAAGGGUGAUGGGAUGCACGAAUCUAAAAGACAAUGCCAAAAGAACAGUGGGAUCACCUAGAAGGGUUGGGAAACAGCUAACCUGAUCCACGCAUUAUUGUGCUUAAUUUGGACGGCUUACCAAGCAUACUCUAAGUCAUCUCUACCUGUCAGCAGUUUUUAUGCAAGAGCCAAGAUGAACAAUCCCACUGUGAAUCUACAUUGUUUAAACAUCGUUGGCUCUGGAGUCCCGAUUGGGUUGUGUUGUGUUGAGGUUUUCCAGAUUGAGCUGGUUUGACCCCGUUUCCAGUAGCGUCUUCCCAGCCCAAUGUCCCAAAGUCUUAUUCAGGGUCCCCUCUCCACCUCAAGUGCUGAUUAGAGCCGAGUGACUCAACUCAAGUGAGAUUUGCACAAUUCAACUCCAUGGGUUGACCAUUACAAACCGUCUCAAUAUAUGAAGCGACCAACUCUUGACCACCUGCAGGGCUGCUCUGGCAAUAUUACGCGUACAAUUAUGGUCAUCUACACAGGGUAUCACAAUGUCACCUCAAAAUACCAUCAGGACCACCGCCCCAAAGCCACCGAACACGAGUUGCUGUUUACUCCUUUAUCCAGCCCCUUAUGGUGGCCAAAGUCGUCCUCUCGCUGUGUCGUGGAAUCUCUAAAAUUUGGGGUCUCUUUCCUGCCCUCACACAGUAGUGCUAAUCUGGGCCAUUGCAGGGUGCCCUGUGGAGUCGCCUGGUGGAUUAUCUUAUAAACCAGAGUAGCCACUUUCUGGGCACAGUGGGCAUUCCCUCCUUCUUAUGUCCUCGGUAUGCACCUGUGGCUCCUCCCCUGACCCCAACCCUUUCUGACUGGAGGGAACGGUUCAAUUCCAACUGUAGGGAGUGAAUCCCACCGCCCUUGACCCAUUCUUGUUCAGGCACAACAUUUCUCCUCUUACCAACUCAUCCUUUUUUUUACAGAUUUCCCUUCUGAGAGCAAGUAGUCUCAAAAGGGAAUUGUCACCCCUAACUAUUAACGGGUUAUGGCUCUGACCCUGCCAUCCUUCAAGUACACAACAGUCGCGGUACAAGAUAGCAACGAUGUGUUGCCCUUCUGCAGAAAAGCAAACCACUUUCUCAGUUGAACACCAGAAUGCAGCCAGGUGUGGGGCUGCGAUAGCUAGAACAUUACAGGCCCUCACAAGUCACUCAUGAAUAAUUCCACUUGAGCCAUCCCUGCCCUCUAAAGCAAAGGCAUCCCAACCCCCCCAGCUCAUGGACAAUCAUAGCUGGGUAUGUAGUUCCACUGUAGUGAGGCUGUCCAUCUUCAGCUUCAAGAAAUCCACCUUCUCCUAAAGAAAUGAAGGGUAAGGAUGGGGCAUGAGAUACAAAGAAGAUCAUUAAUAAAGCCACGAAGCAGAGUGACCCAUUUGUUAUUAAGGGACACCCGGGUCCCUUCUGGGGAGCCAAAGAGAGAGUUCAUUUGGAGAGCCAAGAUACGGUCAUUUUGGAUCAAAGGGCCAGCACACCAAGAGUUGCAGCCAGCAAAGCAUCUGCUAGAAUGGAGCAGGACAUCACUAAGAAACCCUCUUCAGAGAGCAGCUUCAGAGGUUGGUGAAGGAGACCACUCUAUGGCUUCUGUUGGCAGGCAGAGAGAGUAUUUUCCUGGAGUUUCUUGGAACACUGUUUCCUUUCCAACUUUGUAUUGCUGACAUCUGUUUAUCUAUUUUUUUUGGUGGAAGAUGUGACACAAUACUGUGACAGAACUACUCAGAGACUGAUGACAUUUUGCAGUUUCUCCUGACCACAUCAUUGAGGGAUUUUUUUUUCCUAAACUCUGAAGAACAAGAUUUGCCUUGGCUUUUGUUUGAUGGGUUUCUUUACGACUUUGAAAAUGCUGCCUCUACCUGCUCAUUUUGCCUUCCUCUUUCAGUUUUUGUGCUUUACUGACAGAUAUACUCCAUAAGGGAUCAGCCUCCUGUUUCUCAGCUGAUGCCCUGUUGAUACGUAUCCCGUUUCUAAAAAUCUUUGAACAACAGUGUGCCUGAAAACUAGUGAAGAAAACCACCUGAACACUACACUGUACAAAGGGGUUCUAGCAACAAUAUUUGAUGUGUAAAAGAAUAUAUUAUUAAAAAUUAUUUUGUUAAAUAUAAAGUGUGUUAA